AUGGAUAGUGUAGCUCAAUUAGGAAGGAAGAGGGGAAAAAGGAUGGAUUCCAUGAAAGCAUUGACAAGGGAUCAUGACGGUUGAAUUACUUUCGGAAAUGGAAUUAUUGGAGAAGGAAGUGGCUGGGAGAUACUAGGAGGAGCCAUCGAUGGAGAUGAGAAAAAUUCAAGAAACUCCACUGAGACUAUCGCAGCUGAGGUUUCUAAGCUCUGUGUGAUAACAGGUGGUUAUGGGUGGGGUUGGUGGAACUGGUGUCCAGCAAAACCAAAGUUCUCUGGUGCACAGAGAAGAAACUAUAUAAGGAUGAAGAGGCUCAAGGCUAUGUCUGGGACUGAGCUACUGGUUACAGCAGCUCCGGCUGCUGUUGCACCGAUUAGUGAGGAGCCCGGGCCGGGCCCUCGGCAUCUGUGGCGAAGAGUGCCCCUACAGAAAGAAAAUGAAAGGUACCAAAAAGAACAAAAGAUAAAUGCCUACAAAUUGAAAAACGAAGAAAUAGCAACUGCCUGUCAAAACAUAAUAGAAGAAAGGGUGACCAGCCUAAUGGGAAGACGAGUUCACAAUCUGUAUCCUCUUCUCUUUCCAGGCAUCUCUGUAUCUUGUCAAUCUUCACAACUGUGGUCCAGCCAUCUUCCUAAAGAAAUCACUCCACCUUUUCAUUUGUCUUCCUCUAUGUCUUUUCUAACAAUAGGGUGUCCAAACAGUCACCUUCAUUGA